AGUAUGAUCCGGGAUCCGGGAGUGGGUUUUUCAUCUAGACCCCGGUUGUCUUGGAAGACCAAAUAAAUCUCCCCGGACAAAAUCUGUCAAGAGGCUGAGCCGGCCACAGGUGUUUCUUGCUCGGUCUUCAUGAUAUAACCACCCACCAGCUGCACAAAUCAUCCAAGCAUUGACUACCAUAGGUUAGAAUCGAGGCUAGGGUGUGGCUACAUUUAGGACGCGCCAAAUUGUCAAUGCAGCUGUCGCCACUUUUAUAGGAUAUGGCUGUAGCUAGUGGGGCCAGGCUAAAAUGGACCAGUGACCUGGACAAGAGUGUACUUGUGACUAACUUUGAAAAGAGAGGCUGGGUGAAAAGCUCAUUUGAAGACGGUGAUUGGAACUUUUAUUGGUGCAGUGUGUAUACAGUCCGUUCAAUCUUCAGUGUAGAUUCCGGAAUUAGGCUCAGUGAUAAUCAAAUGGUUUGUCAUUUCCCCAAUUUCUAUGAGCUCACUCGUAAGGAUUGCCUUGUCAAGAAUAUUAAACGUUACCGCAAGGAUCUUGAGAGAGAUGGAAGCAGUUUAGCAGAAAGAGAUGAACUGGGAAGAUACAUUCAUCUGGAUUUUAUCCCAGUAACGUUUAUGCUACCUGCUGAUUACAACAUUUUUGUUGAAGAGUUUAGAAGAAAUCCAGCUACAACUUGGAUCAUGAAGCCUGCAGCUAAAGCGCAAGGAGUUGGGAUAUUUUUGAUCAACAAAUUGUCACAGCUGAAAAAGUGGUCAAAGGAUAACAGUAAAGUGAAUCUGGUACCCCAUACGAAGGAGGUGUACGUAAUUUCUCGAUACAUUGAAAACCCUCUGCUAAUCGGUGGGAAGAAGUUCGAUCUUAGGCUGUAUGUACUGGUCACUUCUUAUCGACCUUUGAAAGCAUACAUGUACCGUCUUGGAUUUUGUCGGUUUUGCACUGUUAAGUACAACGCCAGUGUGAAUGAACUUGACAACAUGUUUGUUCAUCUCACAAACGUGUCUAUACAGAAACACGGAGAUGAAUACAACGACAGUCACGGAGGGAAGUGGACAGUGGAGAAUCUCAGACUAUUGCUAGAGAGUACUCGUGGUAAACCGGCCACUGACAAGCUUUUUGAUGAGAUGCACUGGUUGAUUGUUCACUCUUUAAAGGCUGUGCAGAAUGUAUUGUCAAGUGAUCGGCACUGCUUCGAGUGCUAUGGAUAUGACAUCAUCAUCGACACUGAAUUAAAACCAUGGCUAAUUGAAGUGAAUGCUUCGCCUUCCCUUGCGUACACAACGGCAAGUGAUCGCAUCAUGAAGUCGUGUCUGAUUAAUGACAUUAUUAAUAUCAUCUUGCCACCUACUGGCCUUCCAGACAUUAGGUGGUCAAAGAUUCCUAGCAGAGAAUCACUUGGGAAGUUCGACUUGCUCUAUGACGAGGAAUUAGCUCAGGCAGAUGCUAGAGAGCAAGAAGUCAAGUCAAGAACCAAGCAGCAACGAUUUAAAGGUCAUCAUGAGGGAGUGCGUAAACCACCAACUUGGAAGUAGUGCAACGUGAUUUAUAUAGCCUUAAAAUAUAAAUUUUAUUAUUGUGUUAAAUAAUUAUUAUACCAAUGUACUGUGGUAAUUAGUGUUAUUUUUCUACA